CUAAGCCACCUUAGAUUUUAAUUUCCUCUUUGUGCUUGGCGGUAACGCUGAGUGGCAUCAAUCGACUUCUUAGCGCUCGUGUUGUCUAUUUUCUGUCUUUUUAACUCAACAUUAACUGGUACACCGCGUGUAGGUAUUUAUUGUCCUACUUAAUAACUUAUAAGAAUGCCAUCCGAUGCUAAAAAACGUAGAGAUGCAAAAAAGAAAGAAGCAGCAAAAGCCAGAACUCAGAAAAAACCUAAUCAAAAACCUGAAGAAAUCAAUGGAAGUGAUUCAAAUGGUGUACCAGAAAAAACUGACGGCCAAUUGAGCAAUGGUGUUAAAAUAUCAACAGCUGAAGAGGAACUGAUCAAUAAACUAGAAAACAAUCUGCUGUUGAAUGCUGAUGCAAGAGCUUGUACAGGUGUGUUGGCAGUACAUCCUAGAUCAAGAGAUAUCAAAAUUGAAAACUUUUCAAUUAAUUUUCAUGGUGUGGAAAUAUUGGCUGAUACAAAAUUGGAACUAAAUUGUGGGAGACGUUAUGGAUUGAUAGGACAGAAUGGAUCUGGAAAAUCAACUUUGCUGGCUGCUUUAGGUCGACGUGAAGUGCCUAUUCAAGACCACAUUGAUAUUUAUCAUUUAACGCGUGAAAUGGAGGCUAGCGAGAAAUCGGCUCUUCAAGCAGUGAUGGAUGUUGACGUGAUGAGAUUAAGAUUAGAAAAGUUGGCUGAAGAACUCUCUCAAUUCGAUGAUGAAGAAUCCCAAGAACAAUUGAUGGAUGUCUAUGAAAGAUUAGAUGAAAUAGGAGCUGAUAAAGCACAAGCAAAGGCUGCUUACAUACUUCAUGGUUUAGGGUUCACAAAAAUCAUGCAACAGAAAAUGUGCAAGGAUUUCUCAGGAGGUUGGCGUAUGAGAAUCGCUCUGGCUAGGGCUUUAUAUGUUCGCCCUCACUUGCUGCUUUUAGAUGAACCCACCAAUCACCUUGAUUUAGAAGCUUGUGUCUGGUUAGAGGAUGAACUAAAGACUUACAAAAGAAUUCUGGUAAUCAUCUCUCAUUCUCAAGAUUUUUUGAAUGGAGUUUGUACUAACAUAAUUCACAUUGAAAAAAAGAGAUUAAAUUAUUUUGGUGGUAAUUAUGACCAAUUUGUUAAAACACGAUUAGAUUUACUAGAGAAUCAGAUGAAGCGAUAUAAUUGGGAACAAAGUCAAAUAUCUCAUAUGAAAGACUAUAUAGCUCGAUUUGGUCACGGUAGUGCUAAGUUAGCUAGGCAAGCACAGAGCAAAGAAAAAACUAUGGCUAAAAUGGUUGCUGGUGGCUUGACUGAAAAAGUUGUUUCUGAAAAAGUUGUACAGUUUUAUUUUCCUGACUGUGGUACGAUUCCUCCUCCUGUGAUCAUGGUGCAGAAUGUGUCAUUUCGAUAUCAAGAAAAUGGACGCCUCAUCUAUAAAAAUUUAGAAUUCGGUAUUGACCUUGACUCACGAAUUGCUCUUGUGGGUCCCAACGGAGCUGGGAAAACUACAUUGUUGAAGCUUUUGUGUAAUGAAGUUGCACCAUCUGAAGGUUUAAUAAGGACUCAUUCCCAUUUAAGAAUAGCCAGAUACCAUCAACAUUUGACUGAUCUCCUUGAUUUAGAAAUAUCAGCCCUGGAGUAUAUGAUGAAAAGUUUUCCAGAUAUCAAAGAAAAGGAGGAAAUGAGAAAAAUUAUCGGCAGGUUCGGGCUGACUGGCCGACAACAGGUGUGUGCCAUGAGACAGUUGUCUGAUGGCCAGCGUUGUCGUGUUGUGUUUGCAUGGCUGUCAUGGCAAGCCCCUCACCUCCUCUUACUUGAUGAACCUACAAAUCAUUUAGACAUGGAGACAAUAGAUGCACUGGCAGAGGCAAUUAAUGAUUUUCAAGGAGGGAUGGUCUUAGUGAGUCACGACUUUAGGCUAAUCAGUCAAGUGGCUGAAGAAAUAUGGGUUUGUGAAAACCAGACUGUAACAAAAUGGCAAGGGACUAUUCAAAGUUACAAAGACCAUCUACGCAAGAGGAUAUUAAGAGAUAUAGAAAAGCCACUCUAAAUGAAAUUGAAUUUUUUUUUUCCCUGCAAUGCUGUGCUUUUUCUUCAUCCCUAUUUAUUGUAUUUUUUUUUUUUUAACUCAAGGAAUUAAGUUGUAUUUAUUAUGUUUUAUACUUUGACAAAUACUUUUCUUUUUGCUCAUUCAAUUCUGGUGUAUUUAGAACGUCUCCCACAUUGUGUAAAGACUCGAUUUAUUAAAAUCUUGUAUUGUAUUGAA